AUGGUGGAUUCACCAAAAAAAAAAAGAACAUUGAAUACUUCUGAAGAAAAAAAAGAUAAAAAAAAUAUGGGGAAUAAAAAAAAUAACCCUGUUGAAUCUUCUGAAAAUAUGGAAGAAAAUAUUGAAAAUGUAAUAAGUGAAAAAAAAAGUGAAAAUAUGAAGAAAGAAAGGAAAAAGAAAAAGGAACGAAAAAAUAAAGAAAAUGAUAUAGAUAAAAUAAAUGAAGAUAAUGAAGAACAAGAAGAAGGUAAUGAAGAAGAUGCUUUAAAAAAGUUUUCAGUUGAUACAAGUGAAAAUGAUGACGAUGUUAAUGACGAUGACGAUGAUGACGACGAUGAUGAUGAUGAUGACGAUGAUGAUGAUGAUGACGAUGAUGAUGAUGACGAUGAUGAUGACGACGAUGAUGAUGACGACGAUGACGAUGACGAUGACGAUGAUGAUGACGAUGAUGAUGAUGAAGAUGAUGAUGAUGAUGAUGAUGAUGACGAUGAUGAUGAUGAUGAUGACUUCGAAGAUAUUGAUGAUGAUGAUGAUGAUGAUGACGAUGAUGAAGAUGAUGACGAUGAUGAUGACGAUGAUGAUGAUGAUGAUGAAGAAGAGGAAGAUGAUGAUAAAAAUGAUUAUUUAAAAGAAGAUACUAAAAAUGAUGAUGCAGAAGGAGAAAAUACUGAAAUUAAAAAAGAAAGUGAUGAAGAAGGAUUUGAAUGA